AUGGCCUACCACCACUCCAGCGGCUCCUCCGCUGGCUCUGCAUUUCAGUCAUUUCAGUAUGCACAGGUAGGCCAUUCUUUCACCGGCCCUCCGCAUCCUUCGCAGCUGAACGGGCCUCCUUUGCAGCCCUUCCAAGAUGCUCAAUUCGACAUCUUUGAGUGGUACCCAAAGUUUCAGUCAUGCCUUCGAUACUUUCUGGAUCAUGCUCAGUACACCGGGCCCAUCCAGGCCGUAGCUGCCUUUGUCAACAUCCAGCUGCCUUUUCAAAAGGCACAGAACCCCGUACUGUCCUCGAAGCCCACCGGCCCCUCGUCCCCUGCCGGGGCCGGCCCUUCAACUCCGUCCACCGCCCGAGCCGCUGGAAAGUUACCGCUGGGCGCCCAGUUGCCAUCCGCCACCUACACGACUCUGACGCCGUACAUUCGCCGGCUGGUAGCUACCGGCUUUGACUUACCAUCCGUGUUACACGGCUUCUUCGGAGACGACUGGGUGGCCGGCAUUGGGCCCAUGCACGAAGCCGAGCGUCGCAACUACAUGUUCGCGGCCAAGAGUGAGACUUGGCUCAAGGUCAAGACGCAUUACGACAUGGAUGGCGAGCAGCAAGUCCCCUUUCUCAGGCCUCUGCAGAACGUCACCGAGAAAGAGAUCGAAGCUGCCGAGGCUAGCUGGAGUGAAUGGUUGGCCAUGCAGGACUGGAUGCUGGGACCGCGAGCCCCUGAUCAUGGACCCAAGAUCAAGCAGGAAGACGACUAA